GCAACCCGUCAGGAAGAAGAAAAACAAAACAAACCCGAGACUGUAACAGCGUGUGGACUCCAUUGAAGAGAGGAACCUGUUAUUUCCAACGGGGACAAACACAAGGUCCGAAACGAGGCGAUACGUGUGCACGGGCGUCCUGAACAAGACUUUAAUCUGCCCAGCGAAAUGUCCGACACGGACUUUUUGAAGGCAGCCCGUGCUCUCUGGAGGUACACGCCCCCCAACACAAGACUCGCACACUGCUGCUGGAAAAGGGCUCGACACAUCUAGAAAUUUCCAUGCGAUACCUGAAGCAUACCGAGAACCACACAAGACCACAACAGACCAGACCAGGUGCAGCCCCAAUAUUGACACCAUCUUUCCCCCUCCCCCUCAGCCCUCCUGGCUGCAUCCACCAGAUCGUCUCCAGUAACUUUAUCGCUACUGCACAAACUCGGACCUCAGCGACGGGACAGAAGGCCCAGAGGUUCCCCUAGUAGACACUCUAAGCUGUGCUCUGCAAUGCCACAGCCUAGUGUCAGUGGGAUGGAUCCUCCCUUUGCUGACGCUUUUCAGAACUACUCCUUUGCUGACCAGGCCCUCACCAGCACCGAGCUGCUCGCCAGCAGCUCUGACCCAGCCUUCAUGUACGAACUGGACAGAGACAUAACCCACCGGCAGAGCCCCUGUCGGGACACCAUCUUGGGAGACGGAGGCAAGGAAGCGGAGAGCUGUGUUGAUCAGCUCAUGGGUCUGGGCGAGUGCGAGACAGUCUGCAGCAGCCCAGCGUUCGAACAGUGGGACUCCUACUGGGAAGAUGUCACCAGAUACACUCGGCUGGCCAGCUGUGACGUCUGGGGCACCAAAGAGGUAGAUUUCCUUGGAUUAGAUGACUUUUCAAGUCCCUACCAGGACGAGGAUGUGAUUGGUAAAACCCCGACGCUGGCUCAGCUCAACAGCGAGGAUUCGCUGCCCGUCUGUGAGGCGCUCUACCCGCCCGCUGAGGGGGCGCUGCCCGCCCCUCAGCUUCCGCUGUCCCAGCUUCCCUGUCACAGCAGGAGGCCACUGUUCCCUGGCCAUGGAUUUGGCCCUGGCUCUUCACGGCCUCCUCCAAGCUCCACAUCCUCUUUCCGUACUCCCCGCUGCUUUCGCCCAGACUUUCCUGAAAGCACCAAAAAAGCCACCAGACCUAUCCCCUCCAGCACUGAGACUAUGGCGAAGAACCAAAGCCUCCUAAGUCUCACGCAGGAUCACGGCCAAGCCGAAACCAAGACCUACGGCCGAGGAACCAAGAUGGCAGCCCCAACCUCUUACGGCACUGACUUUGUGCGGAAAGCUAAAGUCCGUGUGAGUGCUGUGCCUAAACCUCAGCCCGACGCGCCCUCCCAGAAGGAGUUUGAGAAGUCACUUCCGCCUCGACCUCUCUCCCAACCACAAGACGAAAAGGCCUGCACUUCAGCCACAGCCACCUUGGUGGUGAUUCCCGUGGCUGCAGGCAGUGGCUUUGCCAGCCUGACGAGCUUUGAGAGGAGGGCAGAGGGGACUGGGGCGAGCGAAGCGCCUGCAGGCUGGUCUGCCCCCGUGCCACAGCUGGUUGAGGCGAGCCCGGUCCUGGAGGGCAGCCCACCCGGACUUGCUAGCGGCGGCGAUGUCGUGGCGGGAGCGAGCGGCGGCAGCACAGAUCAGGCCGUCGAGGGCGCGGAGAAAAGCAAGGAGGAGGAGCACAACUACUCGCUGUUCCUGACCCACAACAGGCUGGCCAUCAGAUCCCACGUCAAGCAGGAGGACGAGGAAGAGGAGGAGGAAGAGGAAGAGGAAGAGGAAGAGGAGGAGGAGGAAGAAGAAGAGGAGGACGAGGAAGAUGCCGAGGAGGAGGAAGGCGAUGGGCUUGAGCUCGAUGACGAAGACCACGAUGAGGGUUUUGGCAGUGAGCACGAGCUGUCGGAUAAUGAGGAGGAGGAGGAGGAUGAGGAGGAGGACGAAGACUACGAAGCUGACAAGGACGAUGACAUGAGCGAUGCCUUCUCCGAGCCAGGAUGUGACAUGGAGCUAACGGAGGACAUAAAAGGCCUGACCGCAGGAGUCUCUAGCCGGAAGAGGGGCAAGCGUCGCUACUUCUGGGAGUACAGCGAGCAGCUCACCCCCUCCAAACAGGAACGAAUGCUUAAGCCGUCUGAGUGGGACAGACACACGCUGCCUAGCAACCUUUACCAGAAGAACGGGCCUCUCCAUGGAAAGUAUAUGCUGAAGAAGUCUCGCCGCACAGACGUGGAAGACCUGACCCCAAACCCACGCAAGCUGCUGCAGAUCGGCACCGAGCUCCGCAAACUGAACAAGGUCAUCAGCGACUUGACGCCCGUCAGUGAGCUGCCGCUCACCGCAAGGCCGAGGUCCCGCAAGGAGAAGAACAAGCUGGCGUCCAGAGCUUGUCGUUUAAAAAAGAAGGCCCAGUAUGAAGCAAACAAGGUGAAGCUCUGGGGACUCAGCACGGAGUACGAUCGGCUGCUCUUUGUGAUCAAUGCCAUCAAGGAGGAGAUAGUUUCCAGAGUGGAGGACUCGUCCCCGGGUCCGACCAACAUGGCUGAGACUCUGGAGCAUCUCAUCAAGGAGACACUCGUGUCAUCACCUGUUGCUGGGGAGACCUCAGAUUUUGUCAACAAGAUCUUGGAGAACACGGGACACGGCGAUCCCACCGGCGGACUGGUCGGCCUGCGAGUCCCCACCUCCAAAGUCUAGACAAACUGCGGUCGACUGAGAGCAGUGGACUAAAUAUUACCACCGUGCUGUCCCAUUGUAACUAUGCUCCCUGCUGCAUGCCCCCCCCACCCCACCACCAACCUAACGUAAAUACACAUUGUUAGUCACACAAACACACAUACCGCUCCCUGUGUGUACGUAUGUGUGCUUGUUUUAGCCAUGCCACUGUACAGGAUACACCUCAGCUUACUCUCUGCACACUGUGCGCAGAGUCAGUGUGUCACUCUCCCAACCCAUCGUCAACGUCUGUUGGGGAAAGCGCCUCUAAGAGCAAGAGAUGGUUAGGUGUAAAGGUAAUCGCACGUCCUAAAUCGCACCGGUGGCUAUAAGAUGUGUUUAACAUAGUGUUGUGUGGGAUCGGAUCCGUUGGAGGUUUGCUUCCGGGGCGGACGCAAAGACAGUCACACGUCCGGGAUACUUUCACACAGUUCAUCUGAGGUUUUAACGAUAGAGGAAGAAUCGUUACGCAUCGGACACCGUCCAAGGUCGGAAAGAGUUUCAGUAAUCAUUUCCUAGAAGAGACUCUCCUUCCAUGGCAACACAAAUGAACUCAAGUAUGUUGAGCAGACCCACUCACAAAAAAGACUUUGGAGUCGACAGCUUUGGCUGCGAAGGCAGCUGGGGAAGAAAACAAAACAAAACCGAAGAAGGUUGCGACCGAGGCAUUUUGGGGUGGCAGGAAGUAUUUUGUAUUGAAGGCCUCAAUAUGUAACAGGCCAUUCCCUGUUUGCCAAUCAGGUCCGAUGGUGGUAGAAUUUAGGAGUUCUUAGCAAAACAAUGGUCAAAACAAAAAAGCAAUAGAGGCUUAAAGUCAAAAUUGGACUCAGCUGAUUAAGCGACGGAGAUCCUGCUGGGCGGAGGUUUCCAUCCGGCAGGAGGAAGCUUAAUGCUUCAUUUUGACUUAAACAGCAGGAGGCGAAUGACCACGAGGAGAAAAAGCGUGUGUAGUUUGGUGCUUUUGGUGCUGGUUUUGACUGGACCGGGUGAAACGGGCAUUUUGCCGGAAUGGGAGCCGACUGUGAGUGAGAUGUUUGCGGUGGUGGUGAUGGUGGAUGACAAAGAGUGACGCAUCUCCUCUAGAAAAUGUACAUAAGUGUCUCCUGGUGAACAACAGCACUGGCUCCCCUAUUUGUACAGUAGAGAUGACCAGGUGUGUUCAUACUAGUGUUUGAUCAGAGUUCUAUUCAUUGUGCCUUGUGUGUGUGUGUGUGUGUGUGUGUGUGUGUGUGUUUCUGUAAGUGAGGUGAGAACAUGAGAGGGACUGAACGAGGAGAGGUGAUUGGUCAGAACUCCCUGGGGUCCAGCCAAGGAGAGGACCGCUUUACACCGAGGGAGGUCGUUGGAUUGAAUGCAAGGAGGGAGACAAUUGUGGGGUUUGAUGUGUAUUUCAGUUGUCUAAAGAUAUUCUGAAUGUACAAAAAUAAGUGGAAGCUUUCGUUGCGUCAUGCCACAGAGUCUGUGUAUAUAGGAGGUCUCUGCGAUGGAUUCAUUUAGUUUUUUGGUACUCUUGUCUUUGGGGAUUGGGGGAGGGUUAAGAGAUAUUUUUGUUUGGAGUUACAAAAAAAUAUUUGCACACUAUAUUUUGAUUGUUUUUUUGUACCAAAGACACAUGCAAAAUGGCGACCAGCCAGUUAAAGUAAGGUUUUGCACAGCUUAACUGACGCCGUAUUGAAUGUAAGAAAUGUGGGAGGGUCAGGGAACUUCGUAGAACUGUGAAAUUAGCUUGGGUCCAAUUCUGUACAGAAAAGGAAUAUUCAGUCAUGUUUUUAAGAAUAUGAAAAUGAACUCCAUCUGUGGGCUUCUCCAGUAGAUGUGUUGCGUAGCACGCACUUCAUUCCUGAACUGGUUCCUCCCUCCUCGUGCUAAUUGCUCUUAUGGCGCUAACUAGGACAAAAGAAAAAAAAAAAGAGCGUGAGUAGAUAAGCUAUGUUACCUUUUUGUUUGUCCGAAUGUCACCAACAAUAACCAAAAUGUUUUGUUCCUGGUGUCACUUGUUUGAUUUCUGUAUUUAGAUGAGGUCUAGUCCAUCAACAGAUAUUAACCUAAUUGUGUUUUAGAGUACUGUCUAUAAAUGUCUAUCAAUGGUAAAAUGCCACUUUCAUGACAAUUAGUUUUUAAGCAUGCCACACCUCUACAUCUUAUCUUUGCAUUGAGUAGGUUAGUGGGAAAAAAGAAAAGAAAAAAAAGUGUUAUAUUUUUGUACUUUAGCUGCCUGCUAUCUUUCCUGUUGGUUUGGAAGUAUUUGUUGAGUGGACAGAAUGAAAUAAGGGGGGAGAAGAAGAGAACGGGCUGAAAGAGCAGUCUGUCGAUCUGAUACUUUGAUUUAUAAAGCGAAACCCGACCCCGUUCGUAUCGUUUACCGCUUGAGGGAUUUACAGAGAAUCAAGACUGGAUUUAUUUGAAACACAAUGCAACAAAGCCACGGACAAGUUUGGGUGAUCCAUGAGGGGAAUGAGGAACUGCCGUCCUUAGAAAGGACCGAAGCAUUGGAGCGUUCUCCUAUGUUGAUCUGGAUUUAGCACUGUGCAUUGUGAUCCCGAUGUUCACACGUAUUCCCUCUUUCACCAUGAAAUCGGUUAAAUUUUGCAUUUCCUGGGAUUGGUGUUUUUUUUCGGUACUCUGCUCACAUUCUUCCUGACCAGCCAAAGCCGCGAAAAUCACACUCUUCACCAAAACGUUAAACUAUCCGGGCUGCCGUUCGGCGGCUUGUCCGAACUUUAGAAAUGCAUGAUGUCUGCAUGCGUGCCUUCCUGUUGACUCCUUAGACGAAAUGCUGCCAUUCCCAGGAAUUUUAAAAUUCAACCGGAGUUCUCUCCAUUAACCGGCUAAAAUAGACAAAAAAAUACACGUUUGGCCAAACUGAAUUCAGGUUAGUUUGAAGGGAAGAAAGUACUCCUUCACAGAACGAACUCUGAUGUCUGGUCAUGGUCAUGCAGAGCUGUGGUCUUUUUGUAAUGUGUUAUUGAAUAACAGCUAGUGCUGAAUCUAUAUAUAUAUAUAUAUAUAUAUAUAUAUAUAAUAUUUUUUAUUCCAUCUAAAAAGGGAGAAAAGGUGCUUUUUUUCAGAAACUAGAAGGAUGAGUAUCCAUGAUUCUUAUUUGACUUCUUAUUGCUAGUUGUAGCCUAAAUCACUUGCUCUCCUCUACCCGUCCAUAGCUAUUUUUCUUAGUACGGAUUCAUUUUUGUAAAUAGACUAUAAGUCUACAUGUACCUUCUAAAUGUUAGAUAUGUGAUUAGAGACUAUCUUAUAUGUUUGAAACAAAAGCACUUUGUCCAAAAAAGGAAAAAAAAAAACAACAAAAAGGAAAAAAAUGCUUUUUUUUCUUCCAUUUGCUGCUAAAAGGCCUGGUGUGAAUGCUGCAAGUGUACUUGCUGACUACUUGCUAGGAUAGGUCUAUUACCUGACUUGGCCAGGUCUAUAAACUGGCAGGAAACCGGUGCGCGAUCUGACGAGGGUUAGAUCUAAAUGUUUCUGUGGCCAUGUAAUGAUAUGAGGUGCUGUAUUAUGAGCAUGUAUCAUUGCUUGGCUUUGGGAAGCCCAGACAGGAUAGAUUUAUUUCCUGGUCAGGAAAUGUGUUUGUGGUCUUAAAAAAAUUUUAAAAAAAAAAGAAGAGGGUUUUGAUUCCAGGGCCCCUACUUUGAUCCUGAUGCUGAACCCUUUAGCGUCACGAUUCAUUUGCCUUCAGUAGAGGUUUCCUAUGGAAAGAAUUGAUUCUGCUUUGGCUUCCUCUUCAGGGUGAUGUACAGUGUAGACACAUUUCUCCAGAGAGCUAUAUUGUUAUAAUUUGUAAACUGAUUUCUACUUGUGACUUAAUAAGGAGGAGGAGGAGGGGGGGCGGUUGAGCCCAAAGCGCCCAGGAAGAGCCUGUCUGAAAGAUGCUGUUCCGGGCCGCCUUGGGGGAGGUUACUAUAUCAUUGUACUGUAUGGCAAGCGCGUCUCAAAAGCAGACUCUAAAUCUGGAUACUUAUUGCCUUUUUAAACUUUUCACUUACACUCAAAACAAAAAAAGAAUUACUUGGGCAGACGUGUCUGUUGCCGAGGUUCAUUACAUUGCCCUGCCAAUAUAUUAUGAACAGCAACAACUACUAUUCUGCCCGAUUGGCUCAAAACACCCUUGACUGAAGUAGGAGACGUGAAAUGUGUCUGAAAAAUGGCUUCAAAACUCCUUGUGUUCAGCUGUAUCGUUUGGGACUACUGUUGAAGCAUUUUUCUUUCAACUACAAUUCUGCCCGAGUCCGGUACGGCGUCGCCGUUUGUUAAGAGAGCCGCUGGCAGUCAAACCAGCCGCGCUGUGUGUGCGUGUGUGUGCGUGUGGGGGGGGGGUGUGUGUGUGUGGGGGUGUGUGGGUGUUCUGUAGACGAACCUAAUUCAAAAGAAGAGUCCUCGAAGGUUUUUACAUUUAACAUGUAAUCAACUUUACAUUCAGACCAGGAGACUCUGUGGCAUUUUAACAGUCAAGGAAUUUAGUGAAAAUCCACGCCAGUAAAAAUAUUCCUUUAUUUUUUUUUAUUACUUCUGAUGAUAUAAAUCCUAUUCAUUCAAUUAUUAAGCUAGCAUGUGUGACUUUGUACUCUUGUCCAAUAAAAGCUAAGAUGGAUCCAUAAAGCUUUUCUUCAGCAAAUCAGGGUGACAUUUUUCUUCUAUCUGACAUGUGAUGACAUAUAAAAAGAACAGAAAAUAUAUUUAUGUAUUCCAGUUAUAGCCAUUCUUUACUCCUGUACAACAACAAAAAACUCUGUGCGUGUGUGUUAUGAAAUGUCAAUCAAUAUAGUGCAAUGCUCGCUAGACAAACUUAAAAGAGGCCAACAGACGUGUCACAACAAUUCCCAGUGUCCCCGCUCUCCCCUGAUUGGUAUUCAGACUUACACAACCUGCAACAUCUCGCUCCCACAAAAUAAGAUUUUACUAUUUUUCGCCAUGAAAUCAUGGUACAUGGUGCUAAAUUACUUUUCCAAGGAAGCACCCAAUAACUUAAACGGCAACUGUAUUGGAUCCACUCACCCGGAUAACAUGUGAUUUUUUUGUUCCCAAUACCUGCAUUAAAACCGUCGGAGGAACAUCGUUAUUCUGAACAGCAGUAGACUAGUGAUUUCUGUAUGCCAAUAUUUCUAAUGUAAAAGUCAGACUCCUUGAUUUGAUGCCAUUGCUCAAAGCCACAGAGGAUCUUUAUUCCAUCUGGGAGGUACAAACUUUUGUUUUGAUCUUAAUCAGCAAGUGGAGUUUUCUACUAAUGUUAAAAUGUGUUCUGUGGUUUUAGUAUUUAAAAAAAAUCUCUUUGAAUAGCGAUACAGUUUAGCAAAUGAAACAUUAUUAUUCAUAUAUACAAUUGGUCAAAAUUACAAGUAUUGCUUGCCGUAAUUUAGUUUUUCUUAACAUCAAGCAACCUAAAAAACUAGAAUGACUUUACCUCCUGCUGGCCGUGAUGUCAGAUCUCUGAGUCUGGUUUUGAGUUUUUUGGGGGCAAGUUUCCUGUCUUGUUCUGACCCAUGUGGGCUCCCCUGCUUGGCUCCGUCCCCACUAACCUGUACAUGUUUCCCAGUAUGAAUUGGAGAAAUACAGAAAUGUACGCAGUGAGAAUAAUGUUUCUGCACGACGACGUCCCGCAUAGCACCGAGAGAAUCAAGUAAUGUCUGGAGCUCUUUGCAGGAAAGAAUUCGGCCAACCAAUGGAAAUCGUCUCCAUUGUUACUCUGUCAAAUGAUUUCAUACUUGCUGCUAUUGAAUGAGCACAAAGACACUUAUGUUUUUGGUUUGCGUGUCCGUGACACAGACUAUUUAUUUACAACAGUCCCUGUUUUUUUUGUCACACUUUUCCUACGACAGUCAAAAGACCAACAGUGUUGCUCACCUUGCACUUGAUUUUUGAAUACGAUGCCUGCUGAACCAGGUGCCUUAAUCAAAUAUAUGAGAACACAAAUCUGCACCUUGGGUCGGGAGGGAGGGGAUUCCCUACACAAACAAGGGGCUAGGUUUCCAAAAACCUUUCUAAUUGUAACUCAAAUCAAAUCAAUACACCUCGUGUAACAGCAGAUAUGCCGUUUGUCGUGUCUGCAUAGGAUUUAAAUGCAAAAAUAAGAGAGAAAAAGAUCAAUUUAAACUCUAAAUUGAUGAUGUUUUGGGAAACCUGGUUCCUUCUUUAAACUCUUUCUCUGCCCACUACGCCACAUUAUUGUGUUUUGUGUACUGGCUGCUAUCACCGCCGGUGUGUCCGUGUAGAGAAGAGCAAACUUCCACAGCGCGUUCGAUGUUAAGAGGGAGACCUGGGCCGAGUCAGUUUGAAUUGCAUUCUUCUUCACCUGCGGGGGUUGAAAUGGAGCACCGUGUUGCCGAGUCUUGAGACCUUUUUUUUUGAGAAAAACAAAGAAAAAAAAGAAGAAGAAGAAGAAAAAAAAAAGAAGUUUAAAACAGAACUUUCUGUUUUCUUAACUGUGCUAUUAUAAAGUGCCAGACCCUCCCUGAAGUCAGCGUGGCGGGUUGCGAACGAAGCGACGAGCUGAGCGCGGGAGGGAAAAACCGUGGUGCUAAUCUGUCUGGCUGGGUGCUGACAUGGCUGCGUUUUUAAAAAGCUGUUUUAGCCAUACUGUUCCUUCCCUCGAUGACCGUGUCCAGUCUUGUGUUUCUGGCUGCUGCGUGCCGAUUAGAGCGAGGGCGCACCGGCUGCUUCGCUGACGAAUGUGGACUCGUCUUCCUCAGCAGUAUCCUAAAGACAGACGCCAGUGUCUGCUUGAGCUUUUUCCUGUUGCGCUAAUUCCUGUUAGGCUUUCGUCUGGAGACAGAGGGAGACGCUUGUCGUCAGGAUGUAGAUGAAUGUUUUUAAUCUUUUAUAUGGCGCCGCCAUAAUAUUAUGGUUGGAUAUUUAUGCUGACUCUGUCAAAUGUUGCUUGUUUAGAAUUUAUUUGCCCUAAAUUAUAUUUUGCUGCGUAUUUUCCCCCGAUCCCAGUGUUCAUACCAUUUCUUUUGAUAUUUAUUUGUUUUGUCCUGUAAAUUAACAUGUACGGUGACAAUUUUUUGAAACUAAACUUAAUAGCGUUUCCACUGAAACGCGACAUACCAGGAGUCACAGACAUCACAUGAUGUUCACAGAGGUGAAUCAAAGUCACAUUGAAACCAGUUUUUUGUAUUAUUUUUUUUACUUAACUAUCUUCAUUAUGUCCAGCUAUGAAUAAAUUGUUAUUUAUGUUGGAUCAGUGCGAACAGGGCCUGGCACUGACUUUUACUGGAUUUGGCUGCAUAACAUACAUGUGAUCAGAAUAAUUUUGCAUAAUUACAUGAAAAUACGACACAUAGUGGCUUCGGUUGUUGCCUUCCUUGCCUUCAAUAUCUUACGCCUUUUUAUACUCACUCGCAUUUAUUUCUGCCCCAAAGCCAGUUAAAGGAAGCAAGAUGUUGUCGGCGCUGCAGUUCCAUUCGUGACUUUGAUUACGCGUCGUCUGUGAAGCCCAUGAGGCGUUCUGUCGUUGGCGGUCUGAGGCAGUCGGGUAGGCCGGACUCACCGAGUCAGCAAAGAGAAGCUCUCGACACAACUCGUCUGCUGCCGUGGAUUGCCGAGGUUCGGGCGCUCCGCUGCCUUUUUGAAGCUCACAUUGGCAGUCGACUCGCCUUGCUCUCUCUGUCUUCGGUGGGAAAUUUGUGAGCCUUCGAUCGGUUUUCUGGGAAAACUGCACCCGGGAUGUUUUGAAGCCCUCCUGGGUUUUAAAGAAGGGCUUUGGUGCGCAGUUGCCUUGUCAGGGAGCUGCUGGUAUAAGCCGGGGGCCACUUAAUGCUGGUGGGCAGAGACCCCUCAUCCUCCCCUGAAAUGAUUGUUCGGGGCAGGGGAGUCAUUUCCUCUUCUGCAGACUGAUCUUUUUUUAAUCAAAAGACAAGAAGCCACCCAUGAUUAUAUAAACAACCCCUCUUUCUUUAUCUUCACAUGUCAACAUGCAACACUGCAGUGAUUCACAGCUCCUUCCAGAUUUUGCCAAAAUGCAUGGAGAGAGAGAGAUUUAACAAACAACAUGUGCUAUAGGAUAAUCUUUUUUUUUCCUUCAAUUUUGAUAAUCAAGACGGACAGCGAGGAGAUUUUAUGGUAAAAUUGUACAAGUCCAUGUAGAGGAUUUGGGAUGGAUCGUUCAUUCUGAGCUCCACGGCUACAUGCCGUUGUAAUGAUGCUUAUGGUCUUGUAUGGUAACUUAUUUGACCAGUUCAACAGCAUGGGAUCUUUCUGUAGAUUACAUUAGUCCUCUAUGUUCCUCCCCCCAGUCUCAUUGCUAAGUGCUCUAUAAUAGGUCUCUUGGUGAUUUAUAAUUUCUUUUAAGAAGCAAAACCUGCAGAAAGUGUAUCCUGCUGAAACUAACUUGAUCCUCUCUUUAGCAAUGACGUCUAUAUUUGUAGUUCACAUAUAUGCCUGUUCGAAUACAAUAUCUUGACAGUUAUAUUUAUGUUGUGUAAUAAAUGUUGUGCUGGGUUUUUACUUUUUGUUUUAUCUAACUUUUUCUUUUCUUUUGUUUCUUUUUGGAUGCACAGUGGGCGGUUUUGUGCACAAGCACGGAAAUCUAAAAGAUGUUUUUUUUUUUUUUGUUGGUUUAUACUGUAAAACUCAUUCUGUUUCAGAGCUUCCGACAUCCUGCAGACACAAGCCCGGAAUCUCUGUUGUGUUAUCGUGCCUCUCUUUUUCUUUCUUAUCUUUUUUUUUUUUUUUUUUUAAACCUUUUUCUGUUGUAUCAGCCAGAGUUGGUACCACAGCUCUGCUUGUAACCACAAUAGUCUGAUUUAUGUUUAUUAAUUUUGAAUAUCAAAAUAAUAAAAAACCAUUAGCACCCCA